AUGCUGGCGGUUGUCUCCGACUAUGUAAAGUCGUUCCGGUCGCUGGUGUACGACACCUGCAUCGUGUCAAUGACCUCGCGGUGGUACCGGGAGGUGCUGCUGGAGUGCCCAAUGAAUAGCGUCAUGCUGGACAUCGGCAUCGGCACCGCUACGAGUCUCAUAGCGAACCGUGACAUUAUCGUGAGCAAGAAAAUGACAGUGACUGGGGUGGACUACGACUUUGCCUACGUGCGCAGCGCUCAAGUGAAUGUCGCCGCGUGUGGCGGUCGGUUGCAGGAUAUGGUGAAGGUUGAGCAGGCGGACAUUCACGCCUACAACAAGUCGCACACGGAGAAGUUCGACAUCCUCUAUUUUUCCGGUAGCUUCAUGAUCAUACCGUCGCGGGUCGAAGCGCUGCGGCACUGCGUGCAGAUGCUCCGUAGCCCAGUCCCCAAGGUGCCGGGAGGAUGCAACAUCUUUUUCACUCAAACCUUCGAAAAGCGUACGUUCAUUGGUCAGUACGUCACACCGCUGGUGAAGCGCAUGCUGAAGGCGAUCACAACAAUCGACUUUGGCGAAGUGACAUACGAGGAUGAGUUCCGUGCUGCCCUUGAGGAGGCUAAUGUGGUGAUUGUGCGUGUGAAGCCUAUCACGGACUCGUAUUAUCGGACCCAGACGCUCGUUAUGGCUCGUCCACGCGUGACGGCGUAG